AUGGCAGCCAGCAACGGUAAUAUUACAGCUGAUCAAUCAGCGCUUCUUGCUUUUAGAGAUCGCAUGAUCACUUCAGAUUCUCACAAAAUCUUGCAAAAAAACUGGUCAGUUACCUCCUCCGUCUGUGAUUGGAUGGGAGUCACCUGUGACGCUCAACAACGUAGAGUGACUGACUUGAAUAUCUCAAUGAUGAACCUUACUGGUACCUUACCUCCUCAACUUGGGAACCUGUCCUUUCUGGUUUCCCUUAACAUUAGCAGCAACAAUUUCCACGGAGAAUUGCCUCGUGAGUUAGUUCACUUGCGCAGAUUGAGAUACCUUAAUUUUGGGAUCAACAAUCUCGGUGGAGAGCUUCCCUCCUGGUUUGGUUCUUUAUACAAACUCCAAUACCUGUCCCUCAGAAACAAUAGCUUUACGGGUUCUAUCCCGCCUUCCAUCUCUAACAUGUCAAACUUGGAAACUUUAUGGUUGUCUUGGAAUUCAAUUGAGGGGACCGUUCCAACAGAAUUUCAGAAUCUUCAUAAUUUGAAGAAUUUGAUUAUUGAGAGUAAUCAGCUCUCCGGUCCUUUGCCUUUCCAUGCUUUCAAUCUUUCCUCAAUGGAAAGCGUUUCCUUCUUGAAUAACAGCCUAUCUGGCAUUUUUCCGGACGACAUCUGUCACCGCCUUCAGAAACUUACAUGGCUUAGUCUAGCAGAGAACAAUUUGAUCGGUCGAAUACCUUCAACGGUGUCACAGUGUUCACUGCUUCGGCAUCUUGCCUUGUUUGGGAACCAUUUCACUGGAUCCAUACCUAACGGAAUCGGGAACUUGACAAUGCUGGAGGACCUAUACCUGCAGAUGAACAAUUUAACAGGUGCAAUUCCAAAUGAAAUAGGGAAUCUAACUAUGUUGAGGAUUUUAAGUUUUGCCAACAACAAAUUGACUGGUGCAAUUCCAAUUGAAAUAGGGGAUUUAGCUAUGUUGACAGAGUUAGAUUUUGACAACAACAAAUUGACAGGUGGAAUACCUGAAAAGAUUGGGAACCUUCACAAAUUGGAGGAGCUUCAGUUACACAACAAUACAUUAUCGGGUUCCAUACCAGCAACAAUUUUUAACAUCUCAUCUCUCAAAACAAUUCAACUCUGCCAGAACAAGUUUUCAGGAACUAUUCCUUUGACAAUGAGUAAUAAGCUAAGCAAUCUGCAGUAUUUUAAUAUUUACAAUAAUUUCUUGAGUGGAGUUAUACCUAGCUUCAUCUCAAAUGCUUCUCGGCUAGUUACUUUGUCGCUUGACAAUAAUGAGCUUACAGGUUCAAUCCCCGACUCUUUAGGAAGUUUAAGAAAUCUAGAAUAUCUAAACUUGGCUUUCAACAAGCUGUCAAGUGAACCCUCAUCUCCAGAAUUAAGCAUUUUCACUUUCUUGAUGACUUGGAGAUUCUUGAAAUAUCUAGGAGUGGAUCAGAAUCCUCUAAAUGGUUUUCUACCUGCUUCUUUUUCUAACUAUUCGACUCUGGAACACUUGAAUGCAUUCAGUUGUAAAAUCAAAGGAAACAUCCCAGUCGGAAUCAGCAAUUUGAGCAGUUUACUAGUUCUAGAUUUUUCAGGUAAUGAAUUGAUUGGAUCUGUCCCAAGAACUAUGCAUAGUCUGGCAAAUCUUCAGAUGUUUUACUUGGACUCCAAUCAAGUAAGAGAUGUCUUGGACAUUUUCUGUGGAUUACAUAGUUUGGGGUUGUUAGACUUGAGCCAAAAUCAAUUCUUUGGUAGUAUUCCAGAAUGCUUAGGAAAUAUGACAAAUUUGAGACAAAUUUUUCUAGACUCCAACAGGUUGACUUCCGUGAUACCUGCUAAACUAUUGAGCAUGAAAAAUCUCGAAAUUCUCAACCUUUCAUCAAAUUUCAUAAGUGGAUCGAUACCUUUGGAGAUUGGGAACCUCAAAGCAACGUACAGUUUGGAUCUCUCGGCUAAUCAAUUGUCAGGCAUUAUUCCUACUACAAUUGGGGAGCUGCAAGCUUUACAGAAUCUUUCAUUGGCAAAAAAUAAUUUGCAGGGCUCUAUACCAGAAUCAUUUAGCCAUAUGGUCAGCUUGGAAUUCUUGGACCUUUCACACAAUAAUCUCUCCGGCGUGAUACCCAAGUCAUUGCAAACACUUAAGGUUCUUAAGGAAUUUAACGUUUCUUUUAAUAGAUUAAGCGGCGAAAUUCCUCAAGGUGGUCCCUUCAGAUACUUUACAGGUCAAUUGUUCAUGAACAAUGAAGCACUCUGUGGUGACCCAAGGCUUGGUGUUCAACCAUGUCAGUGUAAUUCAAUUAGAAGUUCAAGCAAAAGAAAGGUAUUUUUCAUUAGUCUAUCAGUGAUUGCAGCAAUAAUGAUAAUAGCAAUUGUAGCAAUAUUGGUUCAAAGGUGGCUGAAGGAGCCAAAGGGUUCAGGUGGAACAGAGUUGAUGUCAGUGGCAAAAUAUGAAAGAUUUUCCUACUAUGACCUUUUGCACUCAACUGAUAACUAUAGUGAAAGCAAUUUGCUUGGAGAAGGGAGCUUUGGUUCUGUUUACAAAGGUAUCCUAAGUGAUGGCAUUGUUGUGGCUAUCAAGGUAUUCAACUUGCAAGUGGAAGGUGCAUUAAAAAGCUUUGAUAGAGAAUGCGAGGUACUGAGGAGUUUACGCCAUCGAAAUCUUACAAUGGUGCUCGGUAGCUGCUCCAACCCUGAUUUUAAAGCCCUGGUACUCAAAUACAUGCCUAAUGGGAAUCUUGAUAAGUGGUUGCACUUUCCCUAG